GACGCAAACGUUGUUGUGGGAAGAAGAAGCCGAUUCCAGAAGCCAUUACGUUGCGCAGCUUAGUCGAAAAAAACUUACUAUUUUUGCGUAUAUUACGCACGUCUAUUAUUUUUUACACAGAUAUUGUUUUAUAAAGCUAUGGCGUCACAGGCAAAAAAGAGAAAAAUGAAUUUUUCAGAGAGAGAGGUUGAGAUCAUUGUGGAGGAAAUGGAAAAACAAAAACACAUUUUGGUUAACCACUUCAACGCUGGCGUUACCCACAUCGCCAAAAACAAUGCAUGGAUUGAGAUACUGAAGCGCGUAAAUGCUGUGACUACUUGUCAACGAGAAUUAGCCGAGGUUAAAAAGAAGUGGUCCGAUCUGAAGACCGAAGUGCGUCGGAAAGUGGCCCAGGCCCGAGCAGCCAUGGAGGGCAACGGGGACUGCACUUCGGUGCCCGUCAUCCUGACUUCCAUGCAGCAGAGAAUAUGCAACCUGCUAGGAGAAGCCACAAUCAUCAGCCUUCCCGCCGGCGACGCGGGCGCAGAGAUCAGUGUUCCUGUAGCGAUGAGUUCGGCGGCUACGGUAACACUCACGCAAACAGACAUCCAGACUGGGACAACAGCCUGUGAAGUUAAAACUCUUGAAGGUGAGACCACCUACCACACGCUGGAGGACGGCAUGGUGGAGUACUGCACCACGGAGACGCCGGUCACGGUCACCACGGAGACGCCGGUGGAGGUGCUGACGGCCGCGGCGGCGGUGGGGGUGGCGGUUCAGGCCGAGUGCGGCGUCGGUGGCGGGGGUGUGGGCGGCGGCGGCGUGAAGCCUCAGGAGCUGAAGAGCCGCAUCGCCCUCAACUCGGCCAAGCUGCUGCAGGAGCAGCGCGUCACCAACCUGCACGUGCGCGAGAUCGCCCAGCACCUGGAGAACCAGAACGACCUGCUACAGAUGAUCCGGCGUUCGCAGGAGGCGCAGGCGUGUGCCCAGGAGCGGCAGGCGCAGGCCCUGGAGGGCACGCAGGCCGCCCUGCUCGCCCUCAUCCAGAUGUUCCGGCCCGCACUCAAGGACCUGCGCAAGUACCUGCAGGGAGCAAACAACACCACGGGGGCAGCAGGGAGCACGCCAGGGGCAGAGGGAUGA